AUGACACUACAGGGAGCCGCUAGACAAUAUUGGAAUUCGGUGGAGGAGCAACUAUAUCAAUUUGGACAGCCACCUGUGACUCUAUGGGACGAGAUGAAAUUAAAGCUUCGCAAACAAUAUCUUCCCACCUUUUAUCGCCAUCAAUUGUAUGAUCAAUUAUGGACCCUUUCACAAGGAAGUUUGACUGUUACUGAAUUCCACGCUCGUUUUAUUGAACACAAGAUACGUGCAGGGAUUCGUGAAGAACCCGACAUCACUAUGUCUCGCUUUAUCCAUGGUCUUCGUGACGAUAUCAAGCGUGAAGUCCGUCGAUUCCGUCCGCAUAUUUUGGAAGAUGCAUAUUGCCAUGCACUGGAAGCUGAAACUUUUUUGGGCCCACAACGUAGAUAUACCGGGUCUUCCGGGCUCUCUUCUGCUCCUACUCCAAAUCGUAGUACUCCUAGCUCCACAUAUGGCGUUGCCGGUCCACCUGCUCCUACGAUACCCACAACAGAAAAAAGACCAGCCCCAUCCACGGCUGCUCACAUCGAAUGCUAUCGUUGCCAUGCUAAGGGCCACAUUGCCUCCCGUUGUCCGCACCGAACUUUAACCAUUGGCUCCCUCAAUGAGGACUCUUGUGUGGACGUGUAUGUGGAGCCCCUUGAACCUAUUUAUGAUCCAGAACUUGAUAAUUGCUGUGAGGAGGCGUUUCACCAAGUGAGUGUCAUGCGUUGUAUUUAUUCAGCAUCUACGCCUCCACCUCCUAAUUCAUGGAAACGCACAAGUAUUUUUCAAACCUAUGUCCCUUGCGGUACUAAUAGAUGCCAACUAGUUAUUGAUGGGGGAAGUACACUAAAUGUUAUCUCUAAAGCUGCUGUCGACCGCCUUCACCUUCAGGCCGAGCCACAUCCCCAUCCUUUUCAUGUUGGCUGGGUAGAUAACACCAUGUUACCUGUUACUGAAAGAUGUCUUGUUCCUCUUCAAUUGGGUCCCUGUCAUGAGCGACUUUAUUGUGAUAUUCUACCCAUGAGUGUCGCACAUGUGCUACUAGGCCGACCAUGGCUUUACGACCGCUGUGUGAAAAGUUGUGGCAGAGAGAACACAUAUACUUUUCAACAUGAGGGAAAGAACAUAACGCUAACGCCUUCCAAUCCGGCCAUCAAACCAACUAAGGAUGUUCAACCGACUCUAUUAUUUAAAGAGAAGGCUUCGGAGCAUCGAUUGAGUAGUUUAUCAUCUGUAAACUUUGCACACGAACUGCAAGACACUGGUGUGUCCUUUGCUCUAUUGCUUAGACCGAAAUCUAACAGCAACCCCACACCACUUGCCGAACCCAUACAUCAGUUCCUCCCUAAAUUCUCUAAUAUCAUACCUGAUGACUUACCAGAUGCACUACCUACCGUAAAUAAUAUUACCGGUUUCAUUCCUCCUCCGGUGCCGAGAAGGAUGCCGCGUAGUCCUUCUCCUAGUUCUACCCCUACAGAUCAGAUUGAGGACGUCUCAGAUCAUGAAGUUGUGGCCUCGUCUCCUGGAGAUUCUACCUGUUUUCUGGUUCAUUGGGUUGGAAGGCCUGCUACUGAGGAUACUUGGAUUACAAAAGCUGAAUUUCGCCAGUUGGAUUCCACUCUUCUGCACAGUUAUCAGAUGCUCUUCAUGACAUUGAUUUGGCUGCCUCCCGUCCUCCCAUCAUCCAUACUUACAAACAUCGUCGUCAUCCUUCAUCUUGGUAUACUCGCCGGUGUCGAGUUCUUUUUGGUGGGGGAGAAUGAUGCAGAAUGCAUAUUAUUAGUUUUCCUAAUUCUACUUGGAUUAGUUUUCCUAUUAUUCUUAAGAUUCCUUCUUGUUAAAGGAUCUCGUAUUAGUUAA